CAAUUGUCAUUCAUUCAGUACGUUGAGUACGUCGUACGCACGAGCGGAGUGUCGCGAGCUAGUAUAAUUGAUUUUUGUCGUGUUUAAUCACAGUAACAAUGUUGUAUUAGUGUCGUAUAGUGUAUAAGAGGAGUGAAUAAUAUGGCUUAUGAUAUUACGUGGAUUAUCCCGCGGUUGCGGAGCCCGGGACGGCUGUGGACGUGUGCGAGCUCUAUAACCGUGGCUGUUGUCGGACUAUUCAGCAAAUUUAUCGUAGAGUUCCUGAACAAAACGACAGUGUACAAUAAGGAACAGCUCACGGCAGCAAUGAAGAGGCCGCCGGGCGUGCCCCUCAUCACAGUCUCCAACCACCACUCGUGCUUCGACGACCCCGGUCUCUGGGGCGUACUAGACGUAGGAACGCUGGCGGGCUCCAUGGGCCGGCGCAUGCGGUGGUCGCUGGCGGCGCACGACAUCUGCUUCACGAACGCGCUGCACGCCGCCUUCUUCGCGCUCGGCAAGUGCGUGCCGGUCGAGCGCGGCGCCGGCGUCUACCAGCCCGCCAUCGACUUCUGCAUCGAGCGGCUGACGAGGGGCGAGUGGGUGCACAUCUUCCCCGAGGGGCGCGUCAACGUUAAUAAGGAGCACAUCCGGUUCAAGUGGGGCGUGGGGCGCAUGGUCGCGGAGUGCGCGGCGGCGGGGCGCGCGCCGCUCGUGCUGCCCGUGUGGCACGAGGGCGUCGACGCCGUGCUGCCGAACACCGAGCCGUACAGGCUGCGAGCUGGCAACCGCGUGUGGCUCGCCGUCGGCCAGCCCGUGCCGCUCGCCGGCCUGCUAGCGAGGUUAAAAGAAUCAAACGCGAGCGAAGAAGAGACGCGGCGGGCGAUCACAGAACGCGUCCAGAACGAGCUGAUCCGGUUGCGGAUGAAGACGCACGAAGCACUCAAACACGCGCUCGGCGCGUCGCACGCCUUGUUCGCUGACAGGUCUGUUUACGCUACAGCAGACGCGAGCGGACGGACAUCCUGACGCAGCCCACAGACACGCACGGCGACAGCGAGCACGCACACACGCACAGCCACACCAACGGCCGCGAGAAGGAGACGGACAGAGAGAAAGACAAGGACGUCUAAUUCCCCCGCCACAAGUGCACUGCGGGUCCCGGCUAGCGGGUCCUGCGAGAGUCGCCCGAGACGCCACUUCCAGCGAGAAAAGGUCAUUCCAAGAGUUUUUUUCACAGUAAAUGUGCAAUUGCAAGCGGAGCGGGAAUUAUAGAAAAAUCUAUCUCCCUAGGGAGUUGUGAAAUUUCUAAGCGGGGCGUAAGAAUAUUACAAACCGAGUCUAAAUCGCUUCGGCAAUCCGUCGCGGUUUAACUUAGUCUCGUUUGCAAUAUUUAACUUCCGUCCCCUUUUUGUCUUAGUUAAGAUCUGUAAAGUCUUACAGUUAAAUUUUUGACAGGUGAUGAACAACUACCUAAAUCAGAAUUUCCGAAGGGAGAAAAAUCGAUUGUAACCCUUAAAUGCAUGACCUUGACUUGACAGAGAUUGGGUUAAGGAAUCAGGAUGACGAGAAUCGGUGUAAGAUUCUUAUGUGACCAUGAAAGUAAAUAGAUUGAGAGGGCUGUACGUUAUGAUUUAUGACGCGAUUUCUCGCCGCAAUGCCUCCAUAACGAGAAACAUACCUCAAAUAAUGCCUUUAUAAGAUUCUCGGAGAAAUCUCGAAGGACUCGAAAAUGCCUGUGGUCGCUUGUCGCUCGAAGAACUGGAUAUACAGCUAAAUGUAAGUGUGGCUGUGUCGAUAACGCAACCCUUGACUAUUCAGUUAACUAUGACAAUAGAUUAUUAUGAUUUAACAACUGGAGCGACGACCGACCAUUGCGCGAUGCCUUUGAUACCGAAACGGGCUUUGACAGUAUAGUAACUUGUUUUUAACACCAAAGUGUUUCGGGUAUCCAUAGGCGCAGUAAUCGCUUACUAUCAGGCGACCUGUGUGCUCGUUUGCCUCCUAUCGCAUAAAAGAAAGGAAAAUGAAGACUAUGUUUUGGCAAAAAAAAUGCAACUUUUAAAUUUUUCUAUUUUUUCGCGAAACUGUAAAGUAUAAGAAAAAUGAAAUAAAACUAUGGAAACGGAUUAAAUCGCGUAUAAUGAG